AAACGGCCCAACAUCACUGGGCCUUCAAUUGUUUUCAUCGUGCUCUUCUCACCAUCUCCGAUUUUCAAAAAACGAGACAAAGACAGAUAAGGAAAACCUCAGCAUCCUCAAGCAGGACAGGACGGCCGGAGUUCACACAGAAAAUGGCCAACCUCAGGACGGCUAUAGACUCAGCGUUCUGGGAUCAGCCCGUUUCUUCUCCAAUAACCCUAGAAGGUUGUGCCCGUUCCAUCCCCGGCGAGCCAUUCCCUCUCGACGCCACUCGAGCUAGCCGAGCCCUUAGGAUUCAACAGCUUUCCCUCUUAGGAAAUGGCUUUCCUCUCGGUAUCAUUCCCUCUUAUUCUCCUCCUUCUCACAAGGACCUCGGUUCUUUCUCUCUCCAGUCUGUCUUGCUUAAGCUUGCUACUCCUGACUGUUGGCUUGCAUUAGUCGGGCAGCUUCGACCAAAGAAAUUGAUUUCUUCUAUCAAAGCAGAAUUCGCUAAUGCUGAGGAACUUGAAUUCUCGGUAUUCAGAGAUGCGGCCAGACAUAUUCUGGACAAGUCUCUUUAUUCUCUCGGUUUAUCCGCACAGUUUUCUCCGACUCCCUCAACUUCUGUGUUGCUGACCACAGAACGACAUGGUGAGAAGAAGAGACCUCGCUACAAAAUGAUGCUCUUUCAACAGCUUCCUUCUCAUGAUAUCACUUUGGAGGCUGCAUGGCCUGAGCUGUUUAUUGACCAUAAGGGAAGAUACUGGGAUGUUCCCGAGUCAAUAUCCUUAGAUAUGUCUUCCCUUCCCUCUGAAUCUGGCUUCCGGUACCGUUUUGGUAUACACAAAAACAGUGGUCACCCCAAGGCUGUUAAUGCUGUUAAUGGUGAGCCACCUCUUGCUUUAAUUCCUGGAUUGUGUGGAAAGGCAGCCUUUUCUUAUGAGAAGAGCAAGGAUCUUUGGAGGAAGAAACAGACGAAGAAGGACAUCAUGGUAAAGACAGAUGAGGGUUGGAUUUUGCGUACUUCCUAUGAUGUGCGUCUUAGUGAACCUCAUGCAACAAUUUCUGGAAUUAUUGGUGGCACCUGUGCAACCUGGUUUGGGGGUGGAUGGAGCUCCGCAUCCACAGAUGGGGACCUUUCAACCAGUUCAAGGAAGAGAGAUCCAUUAAACGCAGAUUUGUUUGGCUCAGUUUGCUAUACUUUCCAACAUGGGAGGUUUGCAAAACUAUAUGGUGACCUAACUCGGGUGGAUGCUCGCCUGGAUAUCUGCUCGGUGCUUGCCCUUACCAAAAGGACAUUCAAUAUUUUCAGGAAGUCUUCAGUUAGUAGUGCAGAUGAUCCGAUGUCAUGUCCCAAGCUCAAUUUGACCCUUCAACAGCAGGUUGCUGGCCCAAUUGUCUUCCGUGUUGAUUCGAGGCUUUCGCUUGGUUCUUCACCACAGCAACAAGGCCCUCAUGUGGAGGAUUUUAUUUGCAGUUUGAAUUACUCGUUGAGGCUUUUACGCUCUGGGAAGGUUGUUGCUUGGUAUUCACCAAAAAGAAAAGAAGGGAUGAUUGAAUUGCGCAUAUUUGAGUUUUAAAAUGUUUUUUUGUGGCACAUGCCUAUCUCUGCCUGAAUGCUCAAAUUUUUCUUUUUUCAAAGAAAUUUCAUUGCAAUUACAUGGGAAGCUAUGAUCUUAGGAAAUGCAUCUAACCUGAAAGAUUUUGUUUCGGUCC